AUGGGCUACACACGACGCGGUUCUAAAUUCACUAAUCAUUUCUCCCUCUAUUGUGGAACUCCCGGCUUUUGUUCGAAAGCUCAGAUCACGGCAGCUGCGCGGGGACACCAGGACAGCGCACUUGACUUGCGGAAGAUCUUUUUCUUUCUUUUCUGUGGAUGGAAAGCAGCUUGGUCAAUUUGUUACAAACCAAUAAAUGAGACUGAAAGGAUUACUAUUCUUCUGAUACUGGGUUUUUUACUGGAACAUAUUGUUCUUUCAAAGAAGUAA